UUGGGUCAAUAUAACGUUGCGUCGGGGAAAUGGAAAACUUACAUGGAACAAAUGGAAUUUUUCUUUGUUGCAAAUGACAUCACAGACGCAAAAAAGAAAAAAGCGAUCUUUUUAGCGUCAUGUGGGACGGAAACCUACACGAUAUUAAAAUCGGUUGCCACACCGAUUAAUAUUUUAGAGGAAAAAUUUACAUUUGAGGCGGCAACUAAAUUAUUGACUAGUUAUUUUUGUCCAGCAGCGAAUACAAUAAUACAAAGGUUUAAAUUUUAUCGGAGAAACCAAAAAGAGGACGAAUCAAUUACCGAAUAUUUGGCAGCGCUAAGGAAAUUGAGCCAAGACUGCAAUUUCAAUGAUUUGGAUGAAAUGUUACGAGACAGGUUAGUCUGUGGCAUACGCGACGGGAAUUUACAAAAGCGGCUUCUGGCGAAUGACCAGUUAACAUUAAAAAUAGCGCAGGAGGAAGUUAUUGCAUCAGAAACAGCACAAAAAAAUGCGACGGAACUUAAAACAUCGGCCAGCCGGUCAGGUUUGAAUAAAAUUUCAAGCAACAAGGUAAAACAUAUUUGUGCUCCAGUAGACCAUAUUCAGAAUUGUUAUCGUUGUCGAGGAAAUCAUCAUUCAGAUCAGUGCAAAUUUAAAGACGCGGAAUGUUAUUAUUGCAAAAAGCGUGGACAUAUUAGGAGAGCUUGCAUAAAAAAAGCAAAAACCAAAAAGCCAGCAACAAAUAAUGGGAGAAGACCAAACAGAGUAAAUCUUUUAGAUACAAACCAGGAAACUCAAACGACGGAGUAUUUAUUGUGAAUGUUCGCUAAAAGUAGUCCAUCGGUCAAGAGAGUGAUUACGAUAAGUAAGUCACCGGUACAAAUGGAAAUAGAUUCGGGGGCAAGUUACUCAAUAAUAAGUGAAAAGUUAUUUAGAGAAAAAAUGCCGUAUAUUCCGCUAAAACCAAGUCAAAUACAAUUAAGAACUUGGGGAACAGAGAAAAAUCUUAAACUGAGUGGAGAAGCAGAAGUACCAGUCUCGGUUGGGAACGUCACAAAGAAACUAAAGUUGUUAGUAGCAGCGGGUGAAGGUCCGGCUCUAAUCGGUCGAAAUUGGUUCAACGAUUUGGGAAUUACUAUAACCAGCAAUUUAUGCAAUAUAGAAUCAACUAUUCCAGUAGAAGUGAUGGACUUCAGUUCAGUUUUUGAUGGAAAUCUUGGAGAUUACAUUCGCGGACUUUUUGAAGUUACAAGAUUACCGUUUGGAAUUUCAACGGCACCAGGUAUAUUUCAACGGGUGAUGGAAGGAGUUCUUAAGAACAUAGAUGGUGUGAUUAUUUAUUUAGACGACAUUCUAAUUGGCGGAACAACUUUGGAAGAGUUGUGGGAUAGAACACGAACUGCUCUGAAAUGUGUACAGGAUGCAGGAUUGAAGCUUAAAAAAUCAAAAUGUGUUUUCGCAGUACAAGAGAUAACAUUUUUGGGGUUUAAGAUAAGCCGAGAAGGAGUGCGUCCAACUGACGAAAAGGUGAAGGGAAUAGUUCAAGCACCAGAACCAAUAAAUAAACAACAGCUACAAGCUUUUCUUGGGUUAAUUACAUUUUAUGAUAGAUUUUCACAAAAUAAGGGCGAUCUAUUGGAACCGCUGUAUCGACUAUUAAGAAAAGAGAUACCUUUUAUAUGGGGUAAAGAACAGAAAUUAAGUUUUGAACGAGCAAAGAAACUAUUACAAUCAAAAAAUCUGUUGGUGCAUUAUUCGGCUGACUUACCACUGAUAUUAUGCGGAGACGCAUCACCGUAUGGAGUUGGAGUUGUUUUGGCACAUAAGAUGCCGGAUGAUAGUGAAGCACCGAUUGCUUUUGGCCCCAGAACAUUACAGGGAGCGGAACGAAAUUAUUCACAGUUGGAUAAAGAAGCGCUACCCAUUAUGUUUGGUGUGCAAAAGUUUCAUCAAUUUUUAAGUGGUAGACAAUUUACAAUAAUGACUGAUCAUAAACCACUAGUGGGGUUAUUCAACCCAGAAAAACCAAUAUCACAGCAUAUAUCACCCAGAAUGUUAAGGUGGUCGUUAAAGUUAGGCGCUUACCAGUACGAGAUUAAAUUCUGAGAAGGGAAACAUCACCAGAAUGCAGAUGCAUUGAGCCGGUUACCUUUAAAUGAUGUAAAGCUACAAAUACCGGAAAUACCUGAAAUAUUAUACUGCAAUGAGGCUAAAGAACAGUUUUUAAUCACUGCGAAAGACAUUGCACAAGCAACCAGAAGAGAUCCAAUACUAUCAAAAGUAAUGUGGCAUAUCCAAAGGAAAGAUACAGUUUUGCCAUAUAAAUCAAUCCAGUUUAAACCAAAUGCAAUAAAAACUACAAACAGCAAAAUAAACAAAA